AUGUCGUCUUCCCUUCCAAUUCGACCACUGUACUUGUAUUUGUGUAGGAAAACUGCCACCUUAAGAUCUGGAGUAUCUUUAAGUUCCAAAUAUUCUGAUACUCCUAAACCUAAACUCAGAAGUAUAGCAGCUAGUAAGGGAUGUCUGGAUGACAGGAAACUCUCAAUACAAGAGGAAAACUUCAAUAGAUUUCAACAAGAGACAACACCUAGAUCUAUUCUUUCCGAGGGGGAGAGGGCACCUCGUUCAAUACUUUGCGAAGGGGAGAGGGCACCUCGUUCAAUACUUUGCGAGGGGGAGAGGGCACCUCGUUCAAUACUUUGCGAGGGGGAGAGGGCACCUCGUUCUAUUCUUUCUGAAAGUCUAAGAGGACAAAAGUCAAUUCUUUCAGAUUUGGAACGGGGACCUCGGUCUUUGGUUCCUGAACUGGAAAGGGGUCCACGGUCUUUAAUCCCCGAGCUGGAAAGAGGACCUCGGUCUUUGGUUUCGGAUUUGGAACGAUGUUCCAGGUCUUCAAUUCCUGAUUUGGAUAGAAUACCUCGUUCUGUUUUCUCCGACGGGGAUCGACAUGUUGCAUCCAUAUGUGAGCGAGAAGACCGUCGUAGCUCCCUAGUACCCAGGGGGAUCCAGAAAUUCGUCCUAGGGGAAGAUGAACAUUGUCCAGGGAUUCAAGGGAUUCAAGGGAUUCAAGGGGAGGAGAUACAGUUUGCUCUUGGUCCUAGAUCUAACCGGGAUAGUUACAGAACAGGAAGAGAAAAAGAGAAAAGGAAAAAGAAAAAUGGAAACUAUCAUACAGUCAGCUAUCGACAGUUCUACAAGACUGCUCUACCUGUUCUCCACUAUACUCCGUAUACUACACAGCUACGGAGAACAAACAGUAUGGGAGCUUCGUCCCAUCAUAUUUAUAACCUUUACAGAGAGAGUGAUGUAUACAGUAGACCCCUUUAUCCUAAUCCAAUAUUAUUCAACAGUACUGCACCAGGAUCUGAGUGGAGGGAAACCAAUAACAUGAAAUUCUAGAUAUCCUUUUAUUUAAUAUAUGUCAUACAAAGUAUGAUCUUAAAUUUUUCAAAAAAUUAAUUGAAAAAGUGCAGGUGGAAAGUUGUUUAAGGGCAUAACUAAUGUAAAAAUCGACCCAAAUAUAUGUAUUUACUGUCCAAAGGUACUUUAAUCAAGUCGCCCUCUCAUUGGUCAACAGUUGAAAGGUUUGGCAACAGCAAGAUUGUUUAUUAUGAUGUCAGCCAUCUUAUUCCAAGCUUUACAAAUAACUAAAUUUAAAAGUCUCAGAUCGUCUGUGUACGUAUAACUCCAUUUUAUCGAAAAAUCUCCACCUCGUUUGUAAUUUUUUAAAGAAGUCUCCCUUUAAAGUUUUUUUUAUUUAAAAUUUAGCAUGAAGACCCUUUAUAUUAGCAUACAUUCUAGUCCGAGGCAAAACGCUGAAACACCUUUCAAGAAAGUUUCGAGUGUUUUUCUCCACCACGAUGUUAUUUUUAAUCAUUGCUAUGUAUCAACGAAAUAAAUAAUAUAUGCAAUAAAACAUCUGCAGACACUUU